UUUGUCAUUAAAUCAUUGCCAUUUAAUAAAACCUGUAAAUUUCAACAUAAAAACUAGUUGUAUUAUUUGGAAAUAAGUUAAACUGCUAUGAAAAAAUCAUAAAUUUUUUGUUUUUAUCUCAAAUAUGUGUGAUGCAUGUUCUGAUUUCUUACAACUGCUCGUUUCAUAUGAAGCACAAGUUUGCAGAGAUACAAAUGAGCAACCAACUUUAACAAAGCGAGAUGUAGAUAUUGUUUUUAUUUAUGUUCAAACCUGGCCUGCUAGGCAGUGCAUGUGUUGUUAUCGAGAUCCAAAAAAUCUAGAACGAUUUAGCUAUGUCACACAGGGUCUUAUUUACAUGGCAGCUAGUCAAUUGAAAAGUCUUGCAGAGAAAGGUUCCGAGUCGGGUAAUAUAAAAGAAGAGAAGGAGAAACAGGAAAAGAAGGAUAAGCCUCCAGAAGAUAGCAAAGAGAACACUGAAGUUAUAGAACGGGAUAAGUUGUUGAUAUUAGUUUCCAAGAUAUUUCUGCUUAAUUUUCCAUUGUACGUAGCUUACAAGCAUACUAUUCAAGCCAAGCUAGAUGAACUCACUCAACAAGAGAUGCAAAAUCUAAAUUUAUUCUGUGAUUUGCACGAUUCUGAAAUACCAAUCUAUCUUUUAAAAAAUGUUAGUUGGUUUUGUAAAAUGGGAGGUCUUUUGGCGAUGACCACCUGUUUUACACAACUUUCUCCCGAAUUGUUACCUGUGUCGACUGCCCAUGCUAUGAUUUCGAUUGUGUGCAAUUUGAAACUUUGGAUGAAUUAUAAAAGCAUGGUGUCGAUGUUGGUACCUUUAAGAUCCUGUGUAUUACGUUACAUGUGCAAACUCUCCGAUCAAGAUCUACGAACUCCUACCAUUAAAAGCAUGGCGGAUUUCAUGUGGAAUGCCAUAAAAGACCCUUUAGAUUCUCCAGUGGCUUUUGACGUCGAUGGGUUAGAUUUGGCAUUCAAAUAUUUUACAUCUAGUACAUUAACCAUGCGUCUAGCUGGUAUUACUCAAAUCAACAAUCAGAUCGGAGUGUUAGCAGAAAUAUGCGUGGGAGAGUCUCUUCCUGAAGCGGAAGCAGCUCCUAGACAUAUGGCGGAUUGGCUCAUCAACAACAAUAUCAUUUCACAUAUUUUUGGUCCAAACUUACAUGUAGAGGUUAUAAAACAAAGUCAUAUUAUUUUAAAUUUCCUUGCGAUGGAAGGUAGGAUUACAUGUGAACAUAUGGACGUAAUCUGGGCGGCUGCACAACUAAAACACUGCUCAAAACCGGUACACGAUCUGCUACCUGGACUUGUAAAACAUUUGGCGGCUGCUCCUACUUUGCAUUUAUACAAUUUGCUUACAAAGUUAGAACCGAAGGAACAUACGGAACAGACAUUGUACCUUGCUUCUGCCCUCAUAAAAGCUGUUUGGUCAAGAGGUGGAGGCGCUCCCGAGAUUGGACUGAUUAACGUUGCGGCGUCGAAUGCGGGAAUAGUUCUACGCAAGUGCACUACAUCCUCGGAGAAUAGCGUGAGCUUAGAUCCUAGUAAUUCUGAAGAAGAACAUGGUGAAAGUUCUGGUCAGUCGGAAAGUCAUAAAAGCGACAGUGAAGAGUUGGAUGCUGUCGAGAUUGAUGAGGAAGAGGCUGGGCAGAUCGCCAUCGAUAGCAACGGUCCGCCGCCUUGUAAGUUGGCGAGAAAGCAAGUCAUCGAGAGGGUACACUGUGAUGGAAGUAGUACAGAUACGGAAAUCGAUGGUGUCCCGAUCAAGAGUCCCCCCAAAGUGAAGUGGCCCAGUGGCACCCCUAAAUCCAAGGGUGACAAACGUGCGCACGUUCGUAAGAAAAUUCUCACCAGUCUGAAUGUUUUCCCAGACGGAGUCGAGGCCAUCGCUUCUAGCACUUCCCAGGAUGAGGCCGAAGUAGAUGAUCCUUCUUCUAAGUUGAGGAAAAGGAGGAAGAUGCUUCGCAAGACAAGAGUUAAAAGGCAGAAAGGCAAUCACAGACGCGUUACGAGAAUAGCAGCUAUUGAAACGUUGAGUGAGUUGGAUGUGGACAGUGACCAUGACAUUAAGGGCACCCUGAAAGGCGUCACUACUUUGGUAUUGCCAUCGCCAAUUAAUAACUUGGUUGAUCCAAAUCUUAAGCCUACUGUGUACUUGGAAGAAAGCUCUUCUUGCAGUGAACUUGGCAAAGAAUCCGUUACGCUCGAAGGCCACGAAGGGACUUGCGCAAAUUUCCUGACCCUACACACCAGAGCGGGACACAUCCUGGAAAUGCUAAGCGGCGAGGAGGCGGAAGUGGAGGGCGACGCGGAAGGUAGCUACUCGUCCAGGAUGAGCAACAAAUCGGAGAAGAACAUGGCUGAUUUCGACGGCGAGGACUCCGUGUGUGAAGAGGAAUUGGCAAGGUUGGCAGACCAUGCUAACAUGAAUCUUCACGUUCUGGCCCACUCUCCUGAGAAAUCUCCAAUAAGAGUGGAUCACAGAUUGUCAGCAUGUUUCAAAGCCGAUAAUGUUUGCCAACCCGGUAACACGUUAUUGUGGGAUUUGCUGCAAGACGAUAAAAUAUGCCAGUUGGGCGAAGGCCUAGCUUUAGAAGCGGAGAAAACGCUGUGCAAUCUCAUUUGCUACACUCCGGAUAAAGAAAUCAGGAUGAAAUUCAUCGAGGGGUGUCUGAAUAAUCUAGCCAAUAACGUUUCGGUCGUGGUGUCUUUGCGAAUGCUUCCGAAACUUCUAACAUCUUUCCGUGGUCUCGAUAUGCAUCAUGUAACUCACUGGGCCGAUAGGCAGCAUCACAUGAUGACACAUUUCUUCAAUAACCUCAAGGCCUACUCGGCCAACCCUAGCAAAUCUUUGCCACUUUAUACUCAUCAGGUGCAGGUCCAAGUCCGUCUACACUUUUUGUCUGCCGUUUUCUCUCCCGUUGUUUCACCAAACACAUUCAAAUUGAGCACCGAGCAAGUAGAUAUCCUUUGGGGAUGUCUGGCGAAUGACCCUGAAUGUUCGGAUGAGUUAUUUAGCUGGUUGCUGUCCCAAACUAAAACAACGGAACUACACGCACUUAAAAUCGAUGCUCUUCGAAGGUUAUACAUCCACCAUCUACCUAGCCUAGCACCGGAGAAGUUCAGCAUGAUAUGCCUCAGUUUAUUUCAGCAGCUGUGCAGCUUGAACCACUUAUUGACUGCCAAUAUGGAAGGCGAUGUCAACAAAGACAGCCAAAACGUCGGGAUGGAUCAUAUGUGGAAAAUAGCGCUCCGCGCUUGCAAUACCGAUGUGAGCAUGGCAGCGAUCCAGUACAUAAACAGCUAUUACAUGGGCCAAAACCUGCAACACGAGGGUCAGUUUGUUUGGCAGUGCAUGACUCAUUUGAAGGCGGCCUCCGACGAUUUAACCUCGAAUAUGUCUGGGACAGAGGAGGCCUCUUUGUUGUGCAUUCAGAGAGCUUUGCUGUUGAUGAAAACACACAUUGAGACGUUUCGAAGAAGGUAUGCUUAUCAUUUGAGAAAAUGGGCGUUGGAAGGUAGAGGUAUUGGAAGUCAUUCUGCGGCACUGGGAGACAGAUCUAGUUCUCAGAUUCGGUUGAUAGUUCAAUCCGGUAGUUCGUCGGAACGUUGUUUUCUGGAUAUGAUGAAUACCGACUAUGUCGCUGAUCUGAGAGCUGAAAUUGUGAAGUGGUGUGAGGGCCUGCAACAGAUGAAAAAUGAGGAAAACGAUACUAACAAAACUAAAGGCGGUGAUACUUGGAUUAGGAUUAUUACGCAGGGCCAAGAGUUAACGAUAGACUGUGAUGAAAAAACUUUAGCGGAAAUGGGUUUUAAAGACAACCAGAUGGUUUACAUUUCAAUAGGGAUGUCUAGGAACAUGAAGAAACGCGAGUGCCUAGAUGCUCCCUCCCUGCAACCGGCGCCCCCGAGGGAGUCCCUGCCAACUCUUCUCCUGCUUCAGCCGAACUAUUUCGAGCAAUUAUUCUCCUUGAUGCACAAUCUCAGUUCCAUGAAAAUCCAAAUGAAAGGAGGUCGUGAACUGCCUCACACGAAAGCUCAAGUUCUUAGCAGGAGGGUGUGGGAUAUCUUAAGUUUGAUGCCUACCAGUCCUAAACUGCUGCAAGGCUUCAAACACCUAGAUAUACCUCUGUCGGAACUGUUAGAUCCUUCUAGUGCCCAAAAACUGAUGUACUCCCUGUACAUCGUCGAGUCUCUCAGUGUUAAAACGUGUCCCAGCAAGUACCCGGAGGAAGACGAGGAGGAGCCUUGGGUGAGGAAAUUUGUUCAACACGGAGGCUUGCGUCACUUAUUUGACAUUUUUAUGUCGGGAGUCCUACAAAGAGACGGCGGAGAUGGUAGCGAUUGGCAACAAGACUGUUUGGCGUCCCUUUUAAAAAUCCUCUGUCACCUCGGCGUAGAACCGUUGCCGCAAGAAUCGCGACCCUCCCGAAACGAGAAAAUUAUGAUUCCUAACCUCAACGAACCGAUGCUGGCUCUUAUAGACGUAAAGAUUACCAUGCCACAGCUAACCAGUAUCUUAGAAGAGGCUUCCAUGCCCAAGGAUCCCAACCACUACAAGACGGGAUUUUGGGGACGUGCCCAGGUGGUUCAUUACGCGAUGGCUUUGCUCGUGUCCUGGUUGCAUUGCCGAGAGGAGGCCAGGCUGGAACUAUUUCAGUCUCCAAAUUUCUCGGACUGGCUACGCCGACUGGUUUUAGAGGAUCCGGAACCAGCGGUUCGUCGAGAGGUGUGUUCUGCGAUAUACAGGCUUUGUCUAGGGGUAUCGGCUAAUGGGGAGCCAAUGGAAAAUACUCUGGUUGCACCCAUGUUGUCUCAAUUGCUCUUAUAUUUGGAGAAAGCAGAGAGCAUGCGCCCUCAAAAAAUGGAGGCUAUGCAGGCACCAGAGGAAGGCAAAGAACCGUACGGGCCAGCUUGUAGGGAUUAUUUCUGGCUCGUUUCCAGACUCGUGGACAGUCUUCCCACUGAAUUGGUGAAAGAAAGCCUCGAAGAUCCCCAAAACUGUGUGAUGGACAUCAACGGGCUAACGAACAAAAUUGCCCAAUCUGUCCUAACCAGAGACUACCUCGAAAAGAGACAUCGCACUGUAGACGACGACGGUUUAAUUGGUCUAUUAAAUCUUUUAACAAACUUAUUGAAACAUCGUCCACCGUUUCAGACUGGAAAAGGGGGACAGGAGUUGUUAGUUGAGGUGUUUAAUUUCUUGUUCGCCCUGCCCAAUCCAAAAUUGAGACACGUGCCCAAAUGCAAGUCUCCUAGAUCUCGAACGGCUGCAUUUGAUCUCCUCGUCGAGUUAGUGAAAGGUUCUCCGCAGAAUUAUGCAGUGUUGCAUGAGAAGUUGUUGAGGCAGCACCAGCCAGGACCGAAUUCACCAUACCCUUGGGACUAUUGGCCUCACGAAGAUGGUCGAUCUGAAUGUGGCUACGUAGGCUUGACAAACCUAGGUGCUACCUGCUACAUGGCUUCUUGUAUGCAGCAUUUGUACAUGAUGCCUCAAGCUAGGGCGUCUAUUCUGGCAGCAAACACUGUUGAUGCGAAACAUGAACCAACGCUGAAGGAAUUACAGAGAAUGUUUGCUUAUUUGUUAGAAAGCGAGAGGAAGGCGUACAACCCCCGAAGUUUCUGCAAAGUUUACACCAUGGAUCACCAGCCGUUGAACACUGCCGAACAGAAAGACAUGGCCGAGUUUUUUAUAGAUUUAGUUAGUAAAUUAGAAGAAAUGACCCCCACCCUGAAGGAGGUCAUCAAGAAGUUAUUCUGCGGUGUGAUAAGCAACAACGUUGUUUCGUUAGACUGUGGUCACGUUAGUCGUACUUUAGAAGAAUUUUACACGGUGCGCUGUCAGGUCGCCGACAUGCGGAAUCUUUACGAAUCCUUAGAUGAGGUUACUGUGAAGGACACUUUGGAGGGAGACAACAUGUACACUUGUUCGCAGUGCGGGAAGAAGGUCAGGGCCGAGAAAAGGGCUUGUUUCAAGAAGUUACCGCAGAUUCUGUGUUUUAAUACGAUGCGAUAUACUUUUAACAUGUUGACCAUGCUUAAGGAGAAGGUUAACACUCACUUCUCGUUCCCUCUUAGAUUGAACAUGGCCGGAUAUGUUGAAAAACAACUUAUGCCGCAGCAUUAUCAAGAAGAGAAGUUAAAAAAAAACGACCCGGAAAGUGAACAGCUCGAAUACGAUUUAAUUGGAGUUACGGUUCAUACGGGCACAGCUGACGGAGGUCAUUACUACAGUUUCAUAAAAGAUAGAACGGCCGGGUCUAGAGAUAAGUGGUUCCUGUUCAACGAUGCCGAGGUGAAGCCUUUUGACCCGAAUCAAAUAGCUGCGGAAUGUUUUGGAGGUGAAAUGACUAGCAAGACCUACGAUAGCGUUACGGACAAGUUCAUGGACUUUAGUUUCGAAAAAACCAACAGCGCUUAUAUGCUUUUCUACGAACGCUGUCCACUUGUGAGUACCGACAACACCGAAAGUUCCUCCACCACUCUAGAAUCCGGAGAGCACGUGCUAAAUACCUCUCCUCUCCCCCAAACCACUUCGAUCGCGGCCAUUGAGCUCAGCAAAGAACUGGAAGACUGGAUUUGGCAGGAUAACAUGCAUUUUAUCCAAGACAAGAACAUUUUCGAGCACACUUACUUCAAUUUCAUGUGGCAGAUAUGCGGGUACAUUCCGCAAACCAUCCUCCCGGUUCAACCGAACGUCACUCAGAAGGCCACCCAGUUGUCCACGUCGUUUUUCAUAGAAACGUUCAUCCACGCAAAGGAAAAGCCCACCAUGGUGCAGUGGGUGGAGUUGGUGACGAAACAGUUCAAUGCCUGCCAGGAGGCGUGCAUCUGGUUUCUGGAGCACAUGGCGCAGGACACCUGGUGGCCGGUGCAAGUAUUACUUAAAUGCCCUAACCAGAUGGUCAGGCAGAUGUUUCAAAGGCUGUGCAUACAUGUGAUACAGCGACUGAAGCAGUCGCAUUCUAGUUUAUAUUUAGAAGUAGACAGGGACGGACCGGAUUCGGGCGGCGAUGAGAAGAAAACCAUCGACCCGUCUAAAAUAGGGAACGCCUCGUGCGUUACUAAAUUUAUCAAAACAUUGCUUUCCUUGAUGGAGCACGGGGCGAAAGCUCACUUGAAACACCUUACGGAGUAUUUCGGAUUCCUGUACGAGUUUAGUAAGAUGGGGGAGGAGGAAUCCAAGUUUUUACUAGCCGUCGGAGCGAUUAACACGAUGGUGCACUUUUACUUGGGGCAGAAAGUGAACGAUUUUGUUGACGUCAGUGAAGGGGAAGAAGAGGAGGAAGUGGUCGCACUGCCAACUGAUAAGUACAAACCCGCUUCUCUAGAUAAAAUGGUUACCCUGGUGGCGUCGCUGGUCGAGAAAAGUCGAGACUCGAAUAUGAAGUUGCAGUUGAGCGAGAAAGAUUAUAACGCAGUGGCUGGGGGAAAGGGUUUCGCGUUUUUGUACCAACAGAUCAAAGAUAACAUAAAUUUGCAGCAAACCAGGAAUUUGAUCCACUCGCUGUGUCGUGGGAAUAAUCAGUUGGCGCAAGCUAUUAUUUGUAUGAUAUCUCAAGCCAUCUCCAGGCAUUCAGAGGGAUGCCAACCGUUCUUCAAAAUUCUGACGUUGCUGACUGAAAACACAAGCCAAGGAUCAAGCGGAUCGUCCUCGCAGCCGUGCUUCACACAGCUUGUCUUACAAAAAGUUUGGGAUGCCGCAGAAUGCUGCCCGUAUUCCGCUCUGGACUGGCUAGCACUUCAAGUGACCAGGAACAGAUUGGUCCAUUCUUGGGUGCUGAAUUCGAUGGAUUCGUGGCUAGAACACUUCCUGAUAAGUCACAGUAACCAGAGGGUCAGAAACACUGCCGGAUACCUGUUGGUAUCCUUAGUUCCAAGCAGCCCUUUCAGGCAGGGUUUUCGCGCAACUCAUCGGAUGAAUCGCGAACCUCAGCUGUCCGUCGAGGCCCAGGCUGUGCUACAUCAAAUAUACACGGCGCUGCUGAGACUGCUUCCGGCCGCAAAGCACUACACUGAUAUGCAGCAACACGGGACUAUGAAACUGACCACUUACUUCGCUUUGCUGAUGUACUGUUGCAUUUCGAGGACUGAAAAAUUAAUGUUUGGGCAGUAUUUUAUACAAUUGUGGCAUUUGUUCCACCCGAAGUUGUCGGAACCUUCGAUACCGGCAUAUCAUAACAAGCAAGCGUUGCUCGCGUUUUGGAAUCACGUUUGUACCGACUGCCCGGAAAAUAUCCAGCUGAUGCUCCAGAAUGCCCACGUAACCAAGAAUAUCGCUUUCAACUACAUUCUUGCCGAUCACGAUGAUCAAGAAAUAGUAAUGUACAAUCGUGCCAUGUUGCCCGCCUAUUACGGUCUGUUGAGGAUGAUGUGCCAACAGUCGAGAGUGUUCACUAGGAACCUCUCGCUGCAUCAGAAUCUGCAGUGGGCCUUCAAAAAUAUCACGCCCCACCCGACACAGUAUCCUCAGGCGGUAGAGGAAUUGUUCAAAUUAAUGCAGCUGAUGGUCAUGAAACACCCCGACGCGACCGAAUCGGAGCAACGUGACAUUUACGCUUUCAGAAAGACCACUCUGAUGACUUAUUUGCAGUGUCUCGACGGUCGGACGAGUUGGGGUACAUUAAUUUCGGCCUUCAGAAUCCUGCUAGAAUCCAACGACGAUAAGUUGUACGUAGUAUAUAAUGGAGGGUUACAAAUCGUGUUCGAGAGUUUUCAAAACCUGCACGUAAUGUUACACGAAGCCACGGCUUGCCAUGUUUGCGGCGAUAUGCUCGACAUCCUUACCAUAAUGCAGGAUCUGAUGCAGUGCAUUCGAAUGUACAGGGACAACAAGGAUGCCCGUGGGAUUCUUUUAGCGACCAAGGAUUGGCUCGAGGUUUUAAGGAAACUAGCGACGUUGCUAAAUACUUACAAUCCCCCCGAAAUGAGGUCUUUGUGCAUAGACGUACUUAAGGAGUUCAUAGUAAUAAUGACGCCCGAGGCUAUGCAGAUCCUAGUACCGUUGCUGUCCCACUGCCAUUCUGCCUUCCAGGACAGUCAGGAUGCCGUACCCUUAGGCCCGUAUUUCCCCCGUCGCGGUCAUUCGUUGCCAGUCAUCGCAGGCAAAGGUGGGGCCAGACCGCUUAGGCCUAUGGUUCAGAUGACUGUGCCACACAACCAGUUGGAAUGUAGCAGAGGUGUUGAUCCGGAAUACGACUUGGCACUGGACAAAUUUUACGCGCCGUACCAUGACUUUAUAGAUAUGAUGUUCAGGCUUGCCGUGAAUAACGAUUCAGUGCCGGAAGUCCUGAUAAAUCUUAGUGCGGUGGUCGGUUUCGAGGCGGUGCCCUUACAUUCCACCUACUUCCCCAAGUUAUGGUUGGAUAUACUGAAAGCGCAGCACAUCGAUCGAAAGUACAUCAACAUGCUCACCGCGUGCAAUUAUUUCGUGGAUUACGUGGAUGCCGUGCUUCUGGACGAAAGAUCUGCAUUAACUGUCGAUAUUAUUUAUGAGUUCCUAACAGAAUUCUUCCCGAAGGUAUCAGCUCACGUGCUCUCCGAACAAACUCUCACGAUGAUCGACAACACUGUGGUUUCUCUCAGCGAGCAGGUCGGGUCUUUCGACGUGGUGAAGAUGGCGAAGCGUCUCGCGGGAGACCUGAGGGCGUUGAUUUUGGUUUACAGCAGUCCGGAGGCCGUGCCCCCGCCGUUGCUGCGGAAUACGUUGAAGCAGUUGCAGGAUAAAGUGGAACUAGAAAUUAACAAAUUGGAUGUGAGAAAAGACAAACUGGAGGAAAGUAAGACAAGUAAAGAUUUGGAAGGCGAAGAGAAGGCGGGCUCGUCGAAAAUGCAAGAAUCCCCAACCGAACCGAAUUCGAAAGCGAAGGUGAAAAGCGACAGCGACUCGGAGACACAGAGCACCUCCUGCAGCGAUGACAGUAUCAACAACGACCAGAAGAAAAAAAAACGAAGCGGGCCUCUGGACGACUUGAAGUUGCUGGAUCGAACGAUACACGAGCUUAUCGAGAUUGUGGACAAAGAGGCUUGAUUUUUGAUAAAAAUUCAGAGACCAAAGUAUUACUUUGUAAAUGGUUGUCCCGUUUCUUCGAGAAUUUAUUUAUAAUGAUUUUUUAUAUAUAAAAAUGUAUCAUGAUACUGUACAUUGAAAGCUUUAAAUUUUAUCGACUAAAAGGAUAUCGGUCAAGAUAGAAAGCAGGGUUCUGUGUCUAUUUUAUUAGUUGUAAUGUAAAUUUUUAAUUUAAAACAUGUAAUAAAGGAUAAACAUGUUCAGUUGCUUUUUCAUUUUCUCUUGUAUUACUUUCUCACA